CUCAGCCUCAGGUGUCCGCUGCCACUCGUGGAUAAGUAGCUGCAGUGGCCCGGCAGGUUGCUCCGUCUGCGGCUAUGAACAUGGCCAGGACCGGCGUCUGCGACUCCAAGCCUCUGUUGGACUUACACAUGAAGGCGGAGGAGCGGCGAGCCCCUUUCAGAGCUUGGGCCAACACCUGUGGGCCCCUGGAUCAAUGGCAGCCUGUCGACAUGGAGGAGUCCAGGAUGGGCCUCAUCAAAAUGGAGUCUGAGCACAAAUGGGAGCGGAAGUUUCCGGGGCGAGCAGCCGAUGGAAGAAUCAUGGGGCUCCACGAGGACGGCCUGACAGUGGGUGGUGGAACCAAAGAAGGGUGUGUGGAGCAAGCCGUGCUUCUGCCGGGGUUUGAGAGUUUGCUCUCGCUGAUGCCCAGCCUGCUGCGGCACGAGGUGGAAACCACGCUUCAGAAACUGGACCUGAUUUUGGAUCGCACCUACGCCUGGGAGAUGUUUCUGGACAUGAUGAAAUCUCAAGGGCGAAGUUGUUUCCCCAACGCUGACUUGCCCCGGCAUUUCACAGACAGCACCAGGGCGGUCCUUGUGGACUGGCUGAUGCAGGUUCAUGAGAUAAUGAAUUUCCAGGACGACACUUUGUACCUGUCCAUACACCUCCUGAACCGAGCCCUGCGGCAGGUCAAGGUGUCCACCGCCAACCUGCAGCUCCUGGGCAUGGUGUGUCUCUUCAUCGCUGCAAAGAAGGAGGAAAGCCUUCUUCCUGAGGUGUCUGGACUCUGCUACUUGAUGGACCACACCUACACCAAACACCAGCUGCUGAGGAUGGAGCGCAAGGUCCUCUGUGGGCUCAAGUUCGACUUGUCCUACUGUUCGCCUCUUCAUUUCCUGCACAUCCUGGCGUCCCUGGCCCGCUGCAGUGCCAAGGUGGUGUGGAUGGCCCGCUACCUGCUCCAGCUGUCUCUGCUGGAGAACCAGUGUGUGGUGGUUCUGCCGGUGCACUUGGCCGGCGCGGCGCUGUGUUUAGCCCGGCAGGUGGUGCAGGAGCCUCCCACCCCGGAGGGUGAGGCAGCCUGGUGUCUGGCCUCCAGCAUCCACGUCGGCAGCGAGGCCACCCUGCUCAGGAUCAUGCACGUCCUGGCCUCCGCUGCAGCCAAAGCCAAGACCAGGGAGAUGUCUGCCACUUUUAACAAGUUCUCCUCCCCCGACACCAUGCAAGUCAGCAGACACCCGGGACUUGAUGACAUCUCUGCCCUGCUGACCUUGUGAAUGCGACUCGAAACGCAUAACUUGAGCCCUGUCAAGGAGGAAGAGGUGCACAUUCCCAGUGAUGUGGUGGGACGUCUUGUUUUACUGUAAUCUUGCAGCCGCUGUAGAAAAUAUUUCAAUUGUAUUAGUGUCCGUCUUGUC